GAAAUUGAUUGAAUGGGUGGUUCAAUCGAGGUAAUAAAAAAAAAGGAAAGGAAUGAAGAAGUGAGAGGCCAACGGUCGAGUGGGGUUGUUCUUAAAUCACAGCGCCAAUCCAAUCCCAUUUAGCCAAAGCGCUUUUGAUUUUAAUUCUCAACAACAUAACAAUGGUGGUAGCAAAGGAGAAGAUGAUGUCCUACGAGGAAAUCCGUCAGAAACGUGUGGAAGAAAACAAGAAAAGAAUGGAAGCCCUCAAUCUUCCACAGCUUUCUACACUUCUUCAUACCCCAUCUUUCAAACCCUCUCCGAGAAAACAGAUGAAGCCUCGGACAGUCGAAAAACAAUUGGUUGUGGUUAGAAGAUCGAGUCGUGUCGCCAACAAACCCCCCCCGGUUUACCAAGAAGUUCUUGUUGAUAAAGUGAUGAUACCUAGAAGGCUAUCUAAGCAUAGGGAUCUGUCAAACCGGGUGUAUGCUUCAGAUGAAGCUAGAGCAGAGGCUUUGGAGAAAGCAGAAAAAUUGGAAUCUGGUUUAGACCCUCAUUUUCCUGUCUUCAUUAAGUCCAUGCUUCAAUCACAUGUUACCGGUGGAUUUUGGCUGGGCCUACCGGUCCAUUUCUGCAAGACAAAUCUUCCCAAGCGUGAUGAGGUCAUGACUUUGGUGGAUGAAGAAGGCCAUGAGUAUCCAACCAUAUAUUUGGCUAAAAAAACAGGACUUAGCGGUGGAUGGAAAGGGUUUGCAGUCGCUCAUGGGUUGGUCGAUGGUGAUGCCAUCGUGUUUCAGUUACUGCAACGUACAACAUUUAAGGUUUACAUUAUAAGGGUGAAGGGUUCCCAACAAAGUUAGCUGCUGUAAUGUUGGAACCAUGCCAGCGGAGUCAGUUUAGGUAAGACAGGGUUAGAUGGAAACCUGCAAUAGAUUUAUGUACUGAUAUUUUAGCUGUAAGCUUAAUCUUUAAAUUGUGAUUUCCAUGUCCAAUAUAGACCUGCUGUUGUUGGCAUUAUUUCCCCUAACUAGCACUUUAUAUUUUUAGUGAUGUAAUUAUAUAUUUUACUAUCAAUUACUUUAUUUAUGCGUGUAUUAUUUA